GCAGUCUCCCCUGCCAGGUUCCGCGUGAAUGAAGGCUAUGAUGUGGAGCGUAUUGCUAAGAGCCUUGACUUUAUCAACAUCAUGACAUAUGAUCUAAGGGGUCCCUGGGAUGGCAAGGCAGAUCACCAUGCCCCACUCACCGACCGCCCUUCCGACGACUGGACUUUCAAGACUCUCAACACCAGAGAUGGCAUAGCAUACUGGGUGCUGAAGGGUGCGCCAAAGGAGAAGCUGAUAAUGGGCAUCCCCUUCUAUGGGAGGUCCUUCACUCUUUCCAAUACCAACAAUAAGCAGCCAGGUGCCAGGGCACGUACAAGCGGGAAGGAGGGUCAGUACACCAAGGAGCGAGGCUUCCUAGCUUACUAUGAGGUGUGCCAGAUGCAGCAGCAGGAAGAGUGGGAGCUGGACCGGGAUGCUGCUGGAGGACCCUUCAUGAACUUAGAUGACCAGUGGGUCGGCUAUGAUGACAUCGACUACAUUGCUAAAAAGAUGGAGCUGGUGAAAUCUGAGGGUCUGGGUGGAGCCAUGGUGUGGGCCAUCGACCUUGAUGACUACAAGGGCGUGUGUGGUCGUCGGUGGCCACUACUCUCUGCCAUCCGUCACAACUUGGGCCUCAAAGCUGUUUCACCCAGCACCAUUCUCACAUGGCCUCUAGGACCUUCUGAUGUCACAACCACCACCACCACCACCACCACCACACAAAAGACAACAACUCAACCGUCUAUCACUUCAACCACUGCCAACAAUAGCGAUGACCACGAAGAUGAUACACCUGCGCCCUCCUCCAUGACGCCUACAGAUGCUACACCUGCACCUACUUUCCAGUGCCCAGGGCCAGGUUUCUUCCGUAAAGACAAUGAUUGCUCUGUAUACUACAUGUGUGACUCCUCGUUGCUAGCACACAAAUUUGUGUGUCCGCACGGCCUGGUGUUUGACCUCAACCGCCGACUCUGUAACUGGCCUAGACAUGUCAAGUGUGGCACAGGCUUCUCCCCCCUCAGUGUGUGCACCCAACCAGAUGAGAAGUUCUGCCUGCCAGGCCAGAGUGUCAGAGUGGUGGAGGAAAUGCUCUCCCCAACAGGUGCUGCUACACUUUUAAGGAUGGCUGCUCCAAGCGACUACAAGGUUGUGUGUUAUUUCACUAGCUGGUCCUACCACCGUCCUGACCCUUACAAAUAUGCCCCUGAGUAUGUUGAUCCAGUCCUCUGCACUCACCUCAUCUAUGCCUAUACCAUGCUCGAUUCCUCAGAGCUGGUCAUGCGUGCACUAGACCCCUACCUCGACUUUGACUACAGUUUUUACCAGAGAAUUUUGUCACUGAAACAGAAGGCUCCGGGGUUGAAAGUGAUGUUGGGUCUGGGAGGGUGGGUGGACUCUGUCAGUGACAAGUACUCCCGCCUGGUGAACAACCCCAAGGCUGCCACCAAGUUUGUGCAGCACACCACAGAUGUAUUGAGAGCCUAUGGCUUUGAUGGACUGGACUUUGGUUGGAUGUACCCACGAUGUUGGCAGAUGGAUUGUUCUAAAGGCCCACAGUCUGAUGUCUCUUCCUUCACUAACAUUAUAAAGGAACUCAACAUGGCUUUCAAAUCCCAGUCUCCACCUCUUCUACUGUCAGCAGCUGUAUCUCCAGCACGCAACACCAUUGAUCGCUCCUAUGAAGUGACAGCACUGUCAAAACAUGUGGACUUUCUCAAUGUUAUGACCUAUGAUUUCCAUGGAGCCUGGGAGAGAAAGACUGGUCACGUCUCUCCCCUCCACUUCAGAAGCGGAGAUCUAUACGAGAGUCAAAACACUGCCUAUGCCCUCAAGCACUGGGUAGAUAGGGGGGCUGACCCAAGAAAGUUGGUGAUGGGCAUUCCCUUCUAUGGCCAGACCUUCACACUGGCUAACCCCUCACAGAGUGGCCUUAAUGCCCCCACUGUGAGCAGUGGGAACCCUGGUGCUGUCACCAUGCAGAAGGGCAUGCUUGCCUACUUUGAGAUUUGCAAGGCUGUGCGCAGUCCAGGUUGGACAAAGGUGGUGGAUGCAACAGGUGCCAUUGGACCAUACGCUCAUAAAGGCAACCAGUGGUACAGCUAUGAUGACCCCAGCUCUGUCGCGCACAAGGCUACAUACAUCAAAGACUCUGGCUAUGGUGGGGCCAUGGUGUGGGACCUUAGCUUUGACGACCUUCAUAAUGAUUGUUGUAGGGAGUCCAUGCCCCUCCUACGUGCCAUUAACCGAGUGUUGAGGAGUGUGCCCUACCCACCCCCCAGGCCAGGAGGAAACUGUGCCAAAACACCUCCAGGAGCUACCCCACCCACCCCUGUUAGGACUACUACUUAUGCCUCAGCAUUCAGCAAGAAGCCAACCACUUCAGACUAUGGCAAGUUCACUGUUGCCAGUGAGGAACCCACCAGUGUCACCCCAGAUUGGAUGAAACCUUGGCAACCAUCUACCAAGAAGACCACUACCACCACGUUGGCACCGACCACAGAGAGACCUGCAUGGCCACCGAAAACUCAGCGACCAACACAGCCUCCCACCACACAGCCUCAGUGGCCUCCAACUACACAGCGACCUCAGUGGCCUCCAGCAACUGAGCGACCUCAGUGGCCUCCAGCCACUGAGAGACCUCAGUGGCCUCCAGUCACUGAGAGACCUCAGUGGCCUCCAACCACUGAGCGACCUCAGGGGCCUCCAACCACUGAACGACCUCAGUGGCCUCCAGCAACUGAUCGACCUCCAUGGCCUCCUACCACGCAGCGACCAACAUGGCCCCCAACCACACAGCGACCAGUGUGGCCCCCAACCACUCAGCGACCUCAGUGGCCUCCGACCACACAGCGACCAGUUUGGCCUCCAUCCACUGAGCAGCCUCAGUGGCCUCCACCUGCUGAUGAACCUCAGUGGCCUCCAAGCACUCAAUGGCCCCAGUGGCCUCCAACAACUCAGCGGCCUCAAUGGCCACCAGCUACAGAGAAACCAGUGUGGCCCCCUAGCACACACAGACCAAAAACGACAACCACCACUACCACUACAACAACCACAACUACAAGACCACAGUCUGUGGGUGGACCUCAACCAGGCGAUCUGUGUACUGCAGAUGAUUACUUCCCCAAGAUUGGCAGCUGCAGCAUCUUCCUCAGGUGUGUAGCACAGCAGCUUGUGGAGGCUAGAUGUGCUCCAGGUCUCCACUGGAAUCAAGCUGCUAAGUUAUGUGACUGGCCCAAGAAUGCCAAGUGCAGCCAGUUACCCAGUGGACCCCAAGAAUCUAUCCGGCCUAGCACCCCAAAAAUUACCCCACCUACUAUCCCCACCACCACAACAUCCACCACAUCAGCCAGGACCACCCCCACCACGGCCACCUGGUGGUGGACGCCUGCCCCUACUGUUGCGACCACCACAAGAUCAUGGUGGUCACCUCAGCCCACCACAACCUGGAGACCAAAAACCACCACCAAAAGACCUUGGUGGCAAUCAACUCGUUCCACCCACCUUUCAUCAUCGACUACUACUCCUCUUCACACUGUCUCUUCCAUCUCCAUUCAGCCUCCACAUGGUUCUUCUGAGGAAAUUACUUCAGUGGUUGAAGAGGAUUCUUCAGGAAGUGGAUGUAGUGAGGGUACUACUAAAGGCUUGGCCAGUGACUGCAGCAGCUUCCUACAGUGCAUCAACAAGGCCUGGGUCAAGCUGCCCUGUCCCAGUGGCCUUCACUGGAACAAAAAGCACAAGAUCUGUGACUGGCCUCAUAUGGCAAAGUGCACCAGUUCUGUGUCCAUACGCAAUCCAGAUGAUUCCCUGCUGGACUAUAGGGCUAGAAUGCCCUGCAAGAAUGAAGGCCAGGCAUUCACAGGGCCCCAGUGUACCGCAAUGGUUCGAUGUAGUAAGGGCUACCUCACAGUGGGCCACUGUACUGGUGGGUUGGUGUGGAACAACGAGCAAGGCUCCUGUGACCUGCCUUACCGUGUCCCCAAGUGCACAGCUGUUAUCCUCACACCCGAAACCGAAGCUAUACGUCCAAUUGAGGUUGAGCCCCCCCCUGCAAGUAAGCUGUCAACGCCUCGGCCCACUGAUGUCAGUCUGCCAUGCUCAGCGGGUGAUAACAUAAUGGCUGACCCCCAGGACUGUGACUACUACCUGAUCUGCCUCCAUGGCACCUGGCAGCGUGUGCAGUGUCCUCCGGGUACUUCAUGGAGCAAGGAGAAUAAUAAUUGUGAUUGGAAAACAAAUGUCAAGUGCACAAAGAGACCCAGACCCCCUCCUACGACCGGUCAUCAGUGGCCUAAGCCAGAAACCGCCACAAAACCACAAGCUCACCCAGGAUUCCCAGGGCAGGAGCCCCCAGCACCACCUGAGAACCCAGAACCCCCACCCGAGGAUCCUCAUAUGCCCAGUCAUGUUGGCUUGGAACCUGUAGGAAGCAGUGGAGGGCUUUCAGGUGACUACAAAGUGGUGUGCUACUUCACCAACUGGGCAUGGUACAGGCCUGGCAUUGGCAAAUAUAGGCCAGAGGACAUUGAUCCCACUUUGUGCACCCAUAUUGUGUAUGGGUUCGCUGUCCUCGAUUACUCCAACCUAGUCAUCAAGCCGCACGAUACCUGGGCUGACUUCGAUAACCAGUUCUACCAGAAGGUGACUGACCUGAGGAAGAGAGGUAUUAAGGUAACCCUUGCUAUUGGUGGCUGGAAUGACUCUGCAGGUGACAAGUACAGCCGUCUGGUGAACAAGCCAGCGGCCCGCCGCAAGUUUAUUGACCAUGUCAUUCAUUUCAUCAAAAAGCACAACUUCGAUGGUCUUGAUCUGGACUGGGAGUACCCAGUGUGCUGGCAGGUUGACUGUAACAAGGGUCCAGCAUCAGACAAGGAAGCCUUUGCUAUGUGGGUAAAGGAGUUGAGCCAAGCUUUCAAGCCCCAUGGCCUCCUCCUGUCUGCUGCUGUCUCUCCCAGCAAAAAGGUCAUUGAUGCAGGCUACGAUGUGCCAACUCUAAACCAGUAUAUGGACUGGAUUGCCGUCAUGACCUAUGACUUCCAUGGCCACUGGGACAAGAAAACUGGCCAUGUUGCUCCAAUGUACCACCACCCUGAAGACGAUUACGACUACUUCAACAUGGACUUCGCUAUCAGGUACUGGCUGGAGAAAGGUGCUACCAAGGACAAGAUUGUGCUUGGAAUGCCCCUCUAUGGACAGUCCUUCUCACUCAAUGAUCCUCAAAACACCGGCCUCAAUUCCCCAGCCCGUUCUGGAGGCCAGGCUGGAGAGUUCACUAGAGCCCGUGGCUUCCUUGCCUACUACGAGAUUUGCUAUCAUAUACAACAAGGCUGGACAGUGGUGAAGGAUCCUGAGGGCAGGAUGGGACCAUAUGCAUACUCUGGCAACCAGUGGGUAUCCUUCGAUGAUGUUGAUACCAUCAGGAGAAAGUCGGAAUACAUACGCACAAUGGGCCUGGCUGGUGGAAUGGUGUGGGCUCUUGACCUGGAUGACUUCAUGAACCGUUGUGGACAAGGUGCUCACCCACUCAUGAAUACCAUCAAGGCAGUACUUGGCCCAAGGAAAUCUGAUGCCCAGCCACCACAAUUGCCCCCACCAGGACCCUUGCCGCCACCACAGCCAGAGACUCCAAAGCCGAGUGUGACUCCACCUACCCCAGUGACAUGGCCAUCAGAAACACCAAAGCCAGUUGAUGGUCCAGUGAUAUCCCCAGUAGUGUCCAUACCAGGACAAAUGAUCACACCUAAGCCAGAAACAUCAGGGCCUAUGUUCCCAGGCACUACUGGAGGUGAUGGGUACAAAGUUGUUUGUUACUUUACCAAUUGGGCAUGGUACCGACCUGGGGAGGGCAAGUACGUUCCUGAGGAUAUCGACGCAUCCCUCUGCACCCACAUCAUCUAUGGCUUCGCUGUUCUCAAUAACAACAACUAUCUCAUCAAGGCUCAUGAUUCUUGGGCAGACUAUGACAAUAAAUUCUAUGAACGUGUGGUAGCCCACAAAUCUAAAGGAGUCAAGGUACUGGUGGCCAUCGGUGGGUGGAAUGAUUCUGCCGGGGACAAGUACAGCCGGCUGGUGAACAACCCUGAGGCUCGCAGGAAGUUCAACCAGCAUGUCAUUGAGUUUAUUCUGAAGCACAACUUUGAUGGCCUUGAUCUAGACUGGGAGUACCCUGUGUGUUGGCAGGUGAACUGUGCUAAGGGUCCAGACUCAGACAAGGCGGCCUUUGCUGAAUGGGUGAAGGAACUUAAAACUGCCUUCCAGCCCCAUGGUCUCCUCUUGUCAUCUGCUGUAUCUCCUAGCAACAAAGUCAUUGACAAGGGUUACGAUGUGCCAGUGUUGAGUCAGUAUCUGGACUGGAUUGCGGUGAUGACAUAUGAUUACCAUGGACAGUGGGACAAGAAGACUGGCCAUGUUGCUCCCAUGUAUGCACAUCCUGAAGACGACAACCUGGCCUUCAACACUAACUUCACUAUCCACUACUGGAUCGAGAAGGGGGCAGAUAGGAAAAAAUUGGUGUUAGGUAUGCCCAUGUACGGCCAGUCCUUCUCACUAGCUGAGACAGGGAACAAGGGACUCAACCAGAAGACCUAUGGAGGGGGUGAGGCUGGACAGUACACACGAGCUAGAGGAUUCCUCGCAUAUUAUGAGAUCUGCUACAGAAUCCUGAACCUUGGGUGGACGGUGGUAAGAGACCCAAAAGGCACCAUGGGUCCCUAUGCCUACAAGGGUAACCAGUGGGUCGGUUUUGAUGAUGUUGAAAUGAUCAGAUACAAGUCUGAAUUCAUCAAAAAGAUGGGUCUGGGAGGUGGCAUGAUCUGGGCACUGGACCUGGAUGACUUCAAGAACCGCUGUGGCUGUGAACACCACCCACUUCUGAGGACUAUCAACAGGGUCCUCAGAAACUACCCUCAACCUGAUCCUCAGUGCCCCAGACUUGGAGGUGAUCAGUCACUGAGUGAGGCUACAGGACUGGUCCCAAUGCCCUCAGGACCCCCAGACAUUUCACAUGUUGUGCCCUCUGUUCUACCAGUCGCUGUGGCUGAAAGACAGGAGUGUCAACUGGUGCCUUGCUAG